CCCGUGACGCACGAUCCAAGAUGGCGGCGGACGAUGAUGAGGAUUUUGUUUAUUUUGGGGCCGCGUUGGAGCCGCUGGAGGAUGAUGAAUCGACCAAGAACCCAGUUCCACUGCACGAGCAGACAGUCAGAGAUGAGAAGGGGAGAUACAAACACUUUCAUGGGGCGUUCACGGGGGGAUUUUCUGCUGGCUAUUUCAACUCAGUGGGCUCAAAAGAAGGGUGGACACCGUCGACAUUUGUGUCCUCAAGGCAGCAAAAGGCAGAGAAACAGGUCUUCAACCCCGAGCACUUCAUGGAUGAAGAGGAUCUCAAGGAGCAUGGAAUUGCACCGAAAGGAAUAACAACUACAGAUGAGUUUGCCUCAAAGGCUAAAGACAAGAUCUGGGAGAAGUCGCGAGCUUUGGCGAGUCUGGUAGCUCCUAUUCCUGGGGCCAGCAUCUUGGAUGACCUGAUUGCUCCAGCAAAGAUAACAAUUGGUGUGCAGUUACUGCGGAAAAUGGGCUGGAAGGAAGGACAGGGCCUUGGACCACGUGUGAAGAGGAAGCUUUGCAGACAACACCCUGAGACAGGUGUGAAAGUGUACGGCUGUUCCUUGCCUGAUGAAGGUUCAGACGGAUCGCAGGAGGAAGAGGAUGAGCACCAGCCUGAAAAUGUCACAUUUGCACCAAAAGAUGUGAUAGUAAUGGAUUUCACACCAAAGGAUGACCGCCAUGGCCUAGGAUACAGUGGAAUCGAUCCUGGCAGGGCUUUGUUUGGGGCAAUUAGACAGGGCUGCAGUAACAUGUUCGACACUGACUCAGACAGGACCAGCAGCCUGCUCAGGGAUAUUCAACCCAGCACGGUCAGGAAGCUUGGCAUCACGGGGCAGGCAUUUGGUGUGGGGGCCCUGGAGGAGGAGGAUGAUGAUGAUAUCUAUGCCAGGGAUGCAUUGUCCCAGUAUGACACAGUGCUGAGAGAGGAAGAGCCAGAGGAUGGGCUGUAUGGGUGGACAGCACCACAGCAAUACAACAAAGGGAAAGGUUUGAAUCCCCAGACAGGAUACAUUGGGAAAAUGUUGGAGGGCUUCUCCUUGGGAUCCAAGUCAACUAAACCCAAAAAGGUUUAUGGCCCCCCUGAACUGCCGAGGGACUACAGGCCUGUUCAUUACUUCCGACCAGUCGUGGGGCCCGGUACUGUAAGCACAGCCAUGGCACAAGCACUCGAGGCAUCAACUGGACAGCACUGCACCGAGACAGGACCAAAAGGCCGGCACCAGCUCAACGCAACACAGAGACGGGAACUGCUUGGAGAAACUGCUCUCCAAGGUCCUGGCUCAGUGUUUGAACUUCUAACUGUAAAAGACAAGGAGAGACUGCAGCAGCAGCAGGCAGCUUCCUGGAACCAGCCUGGCCAGUCCCAGGCACCGGCCUCUGGGAAACCCAGUGAUUCCCAGCUCUCUGGACUUGGAGGAAGGUUGACGAGUUCAAGUGAAUUUAAACCCUUUCUAAAGAAUCCAGAAAAGCAGAAGAGAUAUGAGGACUAUGUGGCGAAGCUUAUCUCAGGUCAAAGCAAUGCGCUGGCCAGCUGCUUGGACUCAAACAUGACUGAGUGGGAGCGAGACCAGGAGCAGUAUGAGUUCAGCCGGGCAGCAAUGCUAUAUCGUUCAACCAGUGCCUCGCUGUCAUCCCGCUUCACUCGUGCCAAGUUUUCAGAUGACACUGACAAGGUGGAAGUCCUUGAGCAACAGGAGAAUGACGUCAAUGACAAAGAGGCUGCAGUAAAAAUGAAGAUGUUUGGUCGUCUCACCAGGGACAAGUUUGAGUGGCAUCCCGAGAAACUUCUCUGCAAACGAUUCAAUGUCCCUGAUCCUUACCCUGGAUCAACAAAGUCUGGGCUUCUCAAGGUCAAGAGGGACAAAUAUUCGGUGUUUAACUUUUUAAAUGUCCACACAGCUCCUGAACCCCCUAAAACGGAAUCCAAAAGGGAAACUGUACAGUAUAAUACUGUGAAACCUCCUGAAUCCAGGAGGCCGUCCAGGUGGGACGUGGCAGCCGAAGACCGGGGGAAAUGUGUGACAGAACAUGCUGCAGUAUUGACUGGUUUGGAUUCAGCAGCAGAAACAAGUUUGAGUCGGUGCACAGAGAAAGAAAUUGAACAGGACCAAGAAACUAAAACCGAGGAGCAGGAAGAUGCUGAGGACGAAGAAAAACGGCCACCCAUGGACUUGUUCAAAGCUAUCUUUACCAGCUCGUCUGAGGAGAAAUCUUCGUCUUCCAGCUCUGAAGAAGAUGAAGAUGAAGCGACCAGUGAAAUAAACCCUGCUCCUGGGGAGCAAACUUCAGUACAGUCUGUACCUCCAAUCCCUGCCUCAGACCACGAGCCAGUGAAGGAAUUUGAUCGAAACCCGCAGCCUGCGCACAGCAGCCCAGAAACUCGGAGUGGCAUGGAAGAAUUUGGGCCUAGGCUCCCACCAGCUCUCCUCUUUGGUAACACCCACCCGUCACCUGAUGACACCAUGGUUUCUCCAGCAAUGGGAUGCAAGGGGCUACAGAAAGGCAGCGGUGGUCUGGCUCAGCAGAAGGGGAAACCGAAAAAGAAGCACAAAGACCGAAGGAAAGGAAAGAAAGCGAAAAGGGAGAAGAAAAAGAAACACAAAAAGCAUAAACACAGAUCCAAGCUGAGGGACAGGAAGUUGAAGGGUGAUGACAGCAGCUCAGGGGAGACUGAAUCUGAACAAAGCGACCCCCAGUCUGUGUCUGAUACAGACCUGCUGAUGCGAAUGAAAACUGUUCCAUUGGCAAGAUGGUGAGACAGGGCACUGGAAGAAGAGAAGCUGGUUAACCAACAUCUGUGAUAAGCUGCAUCCACCACAGUGGUACAUUAGAUCCAGUCUGAAACCUCUCUUAUAAUUUGUCAGGAAUUGCCCAACAAGAGGGAGCGACCCAGACCAGGAGCACUGACCCUGGUCACUUCAAUACAAGACAGCUUGGUUCAGUGUCUGUGAACGUUGACAGAUUUCACAUCUACAGUUUUUUUAAUCAUUUAUUUAUAAACCAGCUGUGAGAUUGUCAAGUGUUAGUUUGUUCAGAGCACCCAGGACUGCUGUGGCUUUCUGUCUUAAUAAAUCGUCCUGUCAAUUGA